CCGCGGAGCCGCCGUCGACGCGCGUCACGUGGGUGACGCCGCUGCCAGGAGCGGUCGGGUAGGGCGGAAGCGGGGGGCGCGGGGCCUGGCGGCAUGGAGGGGACGCUGGAGCAGCACCUGGAGGACACCAUGAAGAGCCCGGCCGUGGUGGGCGUCCUGUGCACCGACUCGCAGGGGCUCAACCUGGGCUGCAGAGGAACCCUGUCGGAUGAGCACGCCGGCAUCAUCUCCGUCCUCGCCCAGCAGGCAGCCAAGCUCACCUCCGAUCCCACCGAUACGCCCGUGGUGUGCCUGGAGUCGGACAGCGGGAAUAUCAUGAUCCAGAAGCACGACAGCAUCACUGUAGCAGUGCACAAGCUGGCGUCCUGACCCUUGGGAACCCGCCUACCGCUCUGCUCCCCCCUCUGACCCAGCUCCAUCCUCACUGGACAACCACUCUCCUCUGCUGCUCCAGCACAGAACAUGCUUGGAGUACCAACCCUGGGCCAAAGGCCCUCCCUCUCCACUUACCAGCUCCUGUACAGCUAUCGGGGUCUCCAACUCACGUUACAGCACUUGUGCUGCUGAGGAUGAAAUGUGGGUCACUUGCCAAGCUCAUGUAAUGAUCAGAUACUACGAGGUGUAUAUGUGUGUGUGUGUGGCCUUAUUUGUUGGAGAACUCAAUAAAUUACCUGCAAAAACA